AUGGAACUCAACCGAAAACAUUUUCGCGCCAUAAUUUAUUACAAGUUUCAGAGACGAUUAUCGCAACAAGAAUGCCUUGAUGAGUUACUGUCUGUUUUCGGCAACGAAGCGCCACAUCAGUCGACAAUUUUCCGUUGGUAUGGAGAAUUCAAACGUGGACGGGUGAGUCUUAACGGCGAUCCCAGGGUGGGUGCACCAAAAACGGCAGUCACCCAGGAAAACGUCGAUGCAAUUCAAAAAAUUUUAUAUGAAGAAUUAGGAGUAAGAAAAUUAGUUUCUCGUUGGAUACCCCACCUGUUGACUGAAGAGCGGAAAGCAGCCAGGGUUAAUUGGUGUCAAAAAACGCUUGACCGUUUCAAUUCCGGAAACUCAAAGAAUGUGUACAGCAUUGUUAGUGGUGAUGAAUCUGUUUCGAAAAAGAUGGACGCGACAUUUGUGUCAAAAGCGGGUCAUAUUGCAACAAUUCCUCUUAAUGAGCAAAGAACUGUUACUGCGGACUGGUAUACCAUCAUUUCUUCGAAAAUCAACCCCGAAAGAAGAAUCAUCGUCCACCAAGACAGUGCAAGCUCGCACACAACAAGCCAGUAUUUAACGGAAGAAAGCGUGGAAUUAUUGGACCAUCCUCCAUAUAGUCCCGGUCUAAGUCCUAACGAUUUCUUUACUUUCCCGAAAAUUAAAAACAGACUGCGUGGUCAAAGGUUCCAGUCACCAGAAGAAGCAGUUAACGCAUUCAAAUAUGCCGUUUUGGAUCUGCCAGCAAACGAGUGGAAUAAGUGCUUCGAAAAUUGGUUCGAGCGCAUGCAGAUGUGUAUUAAUCUUCGUGGACAAUACUUCGAAAAACAAUAA